GAGAGAGGUGCUAGGCUGACAAAACAAAGAUACAUAGAAAAUGUUGUAGUGAUAAACAGCAGUGAUAAUAUUCUCUUUGCUGGGGAUCCGCACACGUGCAGAGUAAUGGAGGGAGAAGUGGACGAAGACGAUGGAACUUUCACCAACAUCUCACUGGCCGAUGACGCGGGUGACCGUCCUGCCCCCCAGCGCUUCAGACAAGAGGACGAGUAUUUCGCCAUGAACUGUGAGAUGGAUGGAGACAUGGAGAAUCAGGUUGAACUGGAAGAGAAAACAAGACUUAUUAACCAAGUGCUCGAGCUCCAGCACACACUAGAAGAUCUCUCGGCUCGUGUGGAUGCAGUGAAGGAGGAGAACCUGAAGCUGAAGUCCGAGAACCAGGUUCUGGGGCAGUACAUCGAGAAUCUCAUGUCUGCGUCCAGUGUGUUCCAGACCACCGACACCAAGAGCAAACGGAAAUGAGGCCACAUGUGGAACACAGUUAUUUCCCCUCCAGAACAGAACCUUUGUCCUCCAAAGGCCAGUACACAUAAGGCCCUGUUUACUUUUACCCAGCUUCCCAUGUUCACUAUCAUUCUUUCCAUGCGUAGGAUCAUGCCGAGCUCUCUGAAUAUUUAUACAUUUUUUUUUUUGUACGUAACUUUUUAUUCCCCUCUUUUUUUUUUUUGCCUCUCCAUUCCGUCCAUUAUCAUACCGGCUACUUGUGGAUAACACUAAAACAGACUGACCUGCUCUCUCUGGUUGCUGGCUGUUAGAGUUAAUGGAAGCAUUUUGUAGUCUGUGGUCAGAUAUCCACAGUACUAAUGCACAUCAGGCGCUCUGUGCAGCUCUUUUAGUGGCCACUCAACAGCCCAUCUGCAUGUUUCUCCUGCCAGAAUAGUGCAUCAUUUUCAACUGUGGUUCAGUGAUGUUUAAGUUUUUUUAAACAGCCGUCCUGAAGACUAAUGCAUUAAUGUCCUGUCUUUCAAUACCUUUCCCUUUUUGCACUCCGUUGUCACGGAUACACAAGAGUAAAACGAUGCAGAAUGAAGCACAGAAGUGAUCCGUUCUUAUCCGAGUGCAUGAGGUCCUGUAAUUUAUUCCAGAGAGAAUAUGCAUGACAUUUAAAAGCUGAUACUGAUGGCCAGGGUGGGUGAAGUAAUGAGUGAUAAAUCAUACAAUGUUACAUGACCUUCUACAUUUCUUUAUUUAACACUAAAGCUGUUUAGAACUGGACUUAAUGGACAAGUCUAAGAACCGUAUUGGCAAGAGGCAAUCAGCAGCUUACACGAGUACAACCAUACAUUUUUUUUAGUUUGGGGAAAAAAAAAAGUGAAAGAACAGAUGGGCUUGGAGAAGGUAGGUAAUAAAGGGAAUGUCUGGAUUUUACUGCAAGAAAAAAAAAAAAAA